GUUAAGUUCAUGUUUUAAGUAUCCCUAUAUUUCCGUUAUUACGGGGCUAUCACUCAGUCAAGAGUGCGGCUGCGCAGGAAGUUAGUUUGUGGAUGGACCUAGCCGUGAGUGUAAUGGCUACCUUGUAGUGUGUUCAUACAGUAUAGUAAACUUUGUUAAACUGGAACCUUGUCGUUGUGUCAUUUCGAGUUAACAUUGGUAGCAGAGGAUGGCUAAUAACUACAAUGUGCCACCUCGCUUCGACGAGAAGAGGUCGUACGAAAGUUGGAAAAAUGAACUUGGAAUCUGGACACGGGUUACUAAUCUGGACGCGAAAAAGCAAGCACUUGCGGUGGUAUUAUCGCUCGAGGGAAGAGCGAGAGAUACAGCACUGGAAAUAUCCGUUGAGGAUUUGAACAAUGAUGAUGGUAUGGGAACUUUGAUCAGAGCACUGGAUUCUGUAUUUCUUAAAGAAGAGAAAGACGCUGCCUAUGAGGCAUAUUCAAACUUUGACAGUGUUUCGAGAGAUAUUUCGGUUGCAAUGACGGACUACAUCAUUGAUUUCGAACAAAGGUACAAUAGGAUGCGCAAGUACGACAUGGUUCUCCCGGAUGCAGUGUUAGCUUUCAAGUUGCUAGAUACUGCCUGUCUAGAUGGUAGGGAGAAACAGUUGGCUUUGACUGCUUGUACUGUACUGACUUUUGCAUCAAUGAAGUCGGCACUAAAAAUAAUUUUUGGUGAAAAGACGUCUGUCGCGCCGUUAACAGAUGGAAUGCAAGCGAGUGACGGAGCAUAUUACACUGAGCAGCAGAGAAAAGGCGCCAAAAAGUCACGUUCUCAAGACAACCUGAAGAGGGCACCAUUUCCCGGAACAAAUCCACUGGACAAAUAUGAAAGGAGAUCAAAAUGUGCUGUUUGUCAAAGCACUUACCAUUGGGUUAAAGACUGUCCUCAUAAAAAUGAACAAGUUAAACUUACAGAGGAAAAUGUAAACACAGAUAUAGAGCAGUGUAACAUUACACUGUUUUCAAAUGAAUCUGCUUCUGAUACUGAGAUUUGUAUAGUUGAAUCCUUAGGAUCUGCUGUGAUUGAUACUGCAUGUACACGGACAGUGUGUGGUGCAAAAUGGCUUGAUAGCUAUGUUAGUGAACUAAAUAUGAAAGAAGUACAAAAUAUGAUUGACAUACCAAGCAACAGAGCUUUCAAAUUUGGAGAUGGGAGAAUUGUCCAUUCUACCAAGAGAGUUAAGAUACCAGCAAAAAUUGGUCAGACUAAGUGUCACAUUGAAACAGAGGUGGUCCCUACAGAUAUCCCCUUACUAUUAAGCAAAGCUUCCCUCAAGAAGGCAGGGGCUGUACUAGACAUAAAAAAUGACAAGGCAGUGAUGUUUAAACAACCAGUGACUCUUGAACUUACUACCUCAGGCCACUAUUGUGUAAACAUUUUAGACAAAGACAUCACACAGAGUCCAUGCAAAAAUGAGAUUCGGACGGACAUGGAGAUUCUGACAGUCACAGAUAACAUGAACACAAAAGAAAAACACAAAGUAUUGUUAAAGCUUCACAAACAGUUUGGACAUGCUACAGUUGACAGACUUCAGAAGUUACUCAGCAGUUCAGGGAAUAAUGAUGAUGAGAGUAUUUCCAUUCUACAGCAGAUAGUUAACAAUUGUGAGACAUGUCAAAAAUAUGUAGAUCUACAUGAGUUAGCACCAAGUGUGUGGUACCUUCACAUAAUCGACCACUUCACACGCUUCAGCGCUGGAAGCAUUGUGAAUACAAAGAAACCCAGUGACAUCGUCAGGCACUUCAUGCAUUCCUGGGUAAGUGUGCAUGGCCCUCCCCAGAAAUUGUACAGUGACAAUGGAGGAGAAUUCAAUAAUAAUGAAAUAAGAGAAAUGGCAGAGAAAUUCAACAUGGAAGUAAAGACAACUGCUGCAUACAGUCCAUGGAGCAAUGGACUUCUGGAGAGACAUAAUCAAACACUCACAGAGAUCAUGCUGAAAGUGAAGCAAGACAAUGGAUGUGACUGGAACACAGCCCUAGAUUGGGCUUUGAUGGCAAAAAACUCAAUGCACAAUGUUCAUGGUUACAGCCCAUACCAACUAGUGUUCGGGCAGAACCCUAAUCUUCCCUCUGUACUGGUUGACAAGCCACCAGCACUAGAAGGGGCCAGUGUGAGGUGCAUGGGUGGGACAGCACCUGUCAGCACUACAUGCAGCGAGAAAAGCGUUCACUGAGUGCUCAGAAAGAAUUUGCAGGGCUCUGCGUAAACAGCUACGACCCACCGAUGAGAAGUACGAAACUGGAGACAAAGUGUACUACAAACAAGUUGACUGUCAAGAGUGGAAGGGACCGGGUGUAGUCAUUGGCCAAGAUGGUGUGGUGAUAUUUGUGAGGCACGGAGGCAUCAUUGUCAGGGCGCAUCACUCAAGAUUGCGGAAAGUAAAUGAUCAACAAGAUAGAGGGGCUGUUGCUGAGAAUCAUCCUAAUGAAAAGGAGACAGUAACAGACACAAACCUACCAGAUGUCAUAUCCAAUGAUAUGGACACUGAAACUGACACAGGAAAUGGAGCAGAGACCUUCAAACAUGCCACAGAUAAUACUGUUGAGCGUUCAAAUGAGGAAAACAUUCAACAACAGCCACAUGUGUUAAGACAACAUGGAUGUUCCAAUCUGAAAACUGGACGAACUGUUAAAUACAUGGACAGAGAAAGUUGUAUUCCACAUACAGCAACCAUCAUUGGACGAGCAGGAAAAGCCAAAGGAAAACACCAGAACUGGUACAACUUGCAGUACUCUGAACCAGUUACACUUUCUGGUACAACAGGGUCAGCUGACCUGUCACUUGUAGAUAAUCUCAGAAUUGAACCAAUGGAAAAUCGAGAAAAACAGAAUGACAUUCAAAAUGAUGAUGUACUUGAAACAAAGGACGUGUCAUUUGACUCAGCUAAGCUAGAUGAGCUCAGUAAUUGGAGGAAAAAUUGAGUGUUUGAGGAAGUUACAGACAUUGGCCAAAAAUGUGUCUCAACAAGGUGGGUGUGUACCCUUAAAGAGUCCUUAACUGGAAUAGUGCCUAAAGCACGUCUAGUGGCUAGAGGUUUUGAGGAGCUGGCUGCUAAACAACUCCCAAAAGACUCACCGACAUGCGCCUUAGAGUCACUCAGAUUGCUGAUGUCCGUGAUCUGCCAGAAAAAAUGGAAACUUAAUUCCAUAGACAUCAAAUCUGUCAAGGGACAUUCACAUCCGACCUCCGCCUGAAGCUAAAUGCGAAGGAACACUGUGGAAACUAAAGAAGUGUGUGUAUGGACUGGCAGAUGCAUCACUCUACUGGUACAACAAAGUCAAGGCAACAAUGCUGAAUACAGGUGGAAAACUGUCACAAGUGGAUCCUGCAGUCUUCUAUUGGCUUGAUCAAGACUGCAGUGUGACUGGAGUACUUGCCUGUCAUGUUGAUGACUUCAUCUGGGGUGGCUCACAGACCUUUGCUACAACUGUGAUUCCACACCUCAAAUCUGUUUUCCAGGUCGGCCGUGAGGAGCAUGAUAAUUUUUGUUAUGUUGGCAUAGAGUUUAUUACAGUUGAUGGGACAAUACUGAUGCAACAGGAGAGCUAUAUCAAGAAUCUUCAACCCAUUCACAUGGAUUCUUCAAGAGCCGUACAAAGGAAUUCCCCUCUAUGUGGAAUUGAAGCUGAUCAAUUGAGGUCAAAGAUAGGACAAAUUUUAUGGGUUGCUAGACAGAGUAGACCUGAUGUAAUGUUUGAUGGUUGCAACUUGGCAUCUAACACAAAACACGCCACUGUACAAACCAUUCAUGAGGCAAACAAAGUUGUUCGUAAACUGAAAUCACAACAAGUGACUAAAGUUUCAGCAUGUUGGAAAAGAUGACUCUUUGAAACUAGUUGUCUUCAGUGAUGCUUCGCUAGGGAACCUUACAGAUGGAGGCACACAAGGUGGACAUCUAAUCGUGUUAAUGGGUGAAGGAGGAAGAUUCUCACCUAUCUGUUGGCAGUCAAAAAGGAUCAGAAGGGUUGUCCGAAGCACACUUGCUGGAGAAACACUUGCUCUUGCGGAUGGAAUUGACAAUGCGAUCUUUCUUGCAGCUCUGUUCUCAGAGCUUACCACUGGUGAGACAAAACGGCACAUUCUACCUGUAGUUUGUGUCACUGACAACUACUCAUUAGUUGAUGCUUUAAAGUCAACCAAGUCUGUCACAGAGAAAAGACUUCGUCUUGAGAUUAGCAGCAUCAAGGAACUUAUUCAAGCACAGAGAAUCCAGCGGAUUCUGUGGUCGACCACAAAGGAACAGCUUGCUGACUGUCUGACUAAAAAGGGAGCAUCCGGUCUUGUGCUCCUACAGGCUCUCAGUAAUGGAAAGUGGCAGCUUGAGUAAUACAAAUAAAAACUGUCACACAACCCAUUUGUAAUGGGGAACUUAAAUAAUACUUGGACAUUUAAUUAUGUUGUUGAUGUUUAAUUUGCCUUUAAAGAAAAGGGGGAGAUUUUUAAGUUCAUGUUUUAAGUAUCCCUAUAUUUCUGUUAUUACGGGGCUAUCACUCAGUCAAGAGUGCGGCUGCGCAGGAAGUUAGUUCGUGGAUGGUCCUAGCCGUGAGUGUAAUGGCUACCUUGUAGUGUGUUCAUACAGUAUAGUAAACUUUGUUAAACUGGAACCUUGUCGUUGUGUCAUUUCGAGUUAACAGGAACCUGGCAGCCAAAGUGCAAACAUCUGACACUCAAAAUAGGGAUGUGCUUCAUCCAGAUCAAUCAGGGCAACAUGUGGAUUCGAUUUUGUUUAAUGUGAUUUAUAACACAAACAAUUUGUUUGUUAAGGAAUCUGUGAAGAAGCAGCUUUUGAAAAGGAUUCAGAAUGUGACAACCCCCAAAAAGAAGCAGGGAGCGACCCCUUCAAGAAAGAGGCCACGAAGCCUUAGAUUUCAGAGCAGCCAGGAGAUGUCCACUGAUGAGACUGAUGAAUCCACCUCCUCAACCCUGAUCUUGUGGAGAUCCCCACAAUCUAGAUGCAGCACCCCAGAGGUUGAACAGUUGGGUGAAACUACUGAGAGCCUACAGAACCAGGCGAGACAUAAUAAAACUACAGGAGAUGUACAAAACCAAGGCCAGACCCAACCAGAAGGAUGUUUCUCAGCUCCUGGACCUUGAAUUCCAAGCAAGACGGGCCUUCAUCGACUCUGAUGCUACUAAGGAGCAGGACAGGCCUAUCAAGAUACUUCAAGCGUAUCCCUGCUUCAGAGAACUGGAUCAUCUAGAUAGAUAGACAGACAGUCUUAGUCUCAGGUUAUGGAUGAACUCCGGCGGAUCCUCGAUCGAGGAUACCUGAACUGAACUUUUACAACAAGGCACAGUUUUAUGGAGUGUUCAAAAAGGUCAUGAAGCCACCGCUGCUGGACAAAGUGAAGCACUCAAUCGCCAUGAUGAAGGCUUUACCAGAUAUGUUCCCACCACCUGUGGCUACACCAAAGAAGUUAGGACAUGCAAAUGAGGCUAUGCUUCACAUCCUUGUCUGCAGAAGACCCCAACACCUUUCUUCAGGUGAGACCACUCUUCAGCCCUGUCAUGAUUGUCUGUGAAACCAACUGCGUACUGGAACCAUGCCUGUGGUGACCAUGCCUGUGGUGACCUUCACAAAAGAGGACAUCUGUGCCAGCGUGACGAAUCUCAUGGCGUGUUAUUACGCCUUUCACCUCACAUAUCCCAAGUGCAUUGCGACACUCUUCUCUGUGCUGCAGACAGAAGUCCUCUCGGACGCCAUCCAUGACCGGGACAUGACUUCUUCAUAUAAAAAGGCUAUGGCCGAGUGGAAAAGGUUCAUUACUGACUAGGGUUGCACAAUACAAUUUUUUUAUUUCUAGUCCCAAUAACAGAACUGUGUGUAUUGGCCCAUCCGAGAACCGAUUUGAUAGCCUUUAAUAGAUAGGCAGGGCGUUUGUUGCUUAUUAUAAUGAGGUUUGUUAUCUUCCCAUUGGUCUUACAUUUUCACCUUGACCACCAAUGGCCUUUGUUGUUGUUUUUGCAUCCUUUGUUCUGCCCAUAUCAGCCUCUGGAUAUACUGAGUCCUCAAUAAAGAAGUGAAAAGAAA